AUGGAGGCUUCGGCUUCGAGCUCUGCGCAGGCAUCGUUUGUUGGGACCUAUGUUCAUGUGAGCUUUGACGAUGGACCCGCGACUGGAAUUACAGCUCAAGUCUCCGAGGACGAUUUGUGUGAUCCGCGUUAUUGGCGUUUUGAAGAGGUGCAUGGCGGAGUGCCAACCUUCAAAGUACUUUUCCCCGAUGGUUUAGUAUCCUUCAUUCGCGAGUUGCCAUGCGCAAAAGAUGGCGUGUUGGUUGACGAAGAUGGCGAUGAGCACCGCUACGUGGUGAUGGACCAGCUUCCAGGAGACAAGGACUUGUCGCGCGGGCAAAGCGAGAUGGUGCAGGAGAAGCAAAAUCUGGGCGGCCCUGCUGUUGUACCCGAGGCUGCUGGGCAUGGUCCCAAGCGCAAGGCCACAGCGGAGGAAACCUCAGGAUCCAAGAAGGCCCGGAACGAAGGCACGCCAGACGCAGCAAAAAGUGUUGAAGGAGGCGAAGGACUUCCGGCAGAAGCUCAGGAAGGAGGCGACUCAAGGGCUGAGCCUCCCACUGGAGGUGCCAGCGCACGCGUGAGUGUGGAGAAAGCAAAGACUCCGCGCUCUGUUUGA